AUGUGGCAGGAGGCUCUGUGGACGCGCGGACGAUACCUGCUGGAGAAGAGCGAUGGAGGAGGAGAAAGAGGAGGAGGGGAGACGGGCGCGGAGGGGCCCGAGGGUCUUGCCGAAGCUUGUCCUGGCUUCCAGGCGGGGGACGUGUGCCUAGAGCCGGAGAAGCCCCAAGACUGGCUGUACGAGUCCUACUACAGGAUGAGCCAGCAGCAUCCGCUCAUAGUGUUCCUGUUGUUGAUCGUCAUGGGAACCUGCCUGGCACUACUGGCGGUCUUCUUCGCGUCCGGGCUGAACACAGAAGAUCACCUGACGUUCCUGAUCACAGUGCCUGCUGCACUCUUCCUCUUCUUGUCCAUCUUCAUCCUGGUGUGUAUCGAGUCUGUCUUCAAGCGAAUGCUCCGCCUCUUCUCCCUCCUUAUAUGGGCCUGUCUGGUCACCAUGGGGUACCUCUUCAUGUUCUCUGGAGGGAUUCUUAGCCCAUGGGACCAGGUGUCUUUUUUUCUUUUCAUUGUUUUUGUGGUUUAUACCAUGCUGCCUUUCUCCAUGAGAGGGGCCAUCAUCGCCAGUGCAGUCACCUGCCUCUCGCACACGGUCACUCUGAGCUUCUGUCUGGCCAGCAUCACUGAGCUCGAACACUUAGUCUGGCAGAUUUUGGCGAAUAUCAUCAUUUUUACGUGUGGGAACUUGGCGGGGGCGUAUCAUAAGCACCUGAUGGACCUGGCGCUUAAGCAGACCUAUCACGACACCUGUAACUGCAUCAAGUCUCCUAUUAAACUGGAGUUUGAGAAGCAUCAACAGGAGCGCCUGCUCUUGUCCUUGCUGCCCUCGCACAUCGCCCGGGUGAUGAAAGCGGAGAUUAUCCAGCGACUGCAAGGGCCCAACUUUGGCCGAACAGAGAGCACCAACAACUUCCACAAUCUGUACGUCCAGAGACACACCAAUGUGAGUAUUUUGUAUGCAGACAUUGUGGGCUUCACACGAUUGGCCAGUGACUGCUCUCCAGGUGAACUGGUGCACAUGCUCAAUGAACUGUUUGGGAAGUUUGACCAGAUUGCAAAAGAGAAUGAAUGUAUGCGAAUCAAGAUCCUGGGCGAUUGUUACUACUGCGUGUCCGGUCUGCCGGAGUCACUGCCACAUCAUGCCAGGAACUGCGUGAAGAUGGGCUUGGAUAUGUGUGAGGCCAUCAAGAAAGUCAGAGAUGCCACUUGUGUAGAUAUCAACAUGCGUGUCGGAGUGCAUUCGGGAAAUGUCCUAUGCGGCGUGAUUGGCCUCAGGAAGUGGCAGUAUGAUGUCUGGUCACAUGAUGUCACAUUAGCCAAUCACAUGGAAGCCGGAGGUGUGCCCGGGAGAGUGCACAUCUCGUCUGUGACCUUGGAGCAUCUGAAUGGAUCAUAUAAAGUGGAGCCUGGGACUGGACAGAGCCGUGACUCAUACCUCAAAGAACAUGGAGUGGUCACCUACCUGGUCAUCAACCCCAAGACUGAGAAACACAGCCCUCGGCUGGGGGUCCGUGCUCGCCCGUCUCUGGAUGGGGGUAAGAUGAGGGCGUCUGUCAGAAUGACCCGUUACCUGGAGUCCUGGGGCGCUGCCAAACCUUUUGCCAACCUUCACCACAGGGAAAGCAUGACCGCUGACAACGGCAAGAUCAAGACCACCGACGUUCCAAUGGGGCAGUAUCAUUUCCAGCGGCGAGAAAGGUCCAAGUCACAGAGGAGAAGGUUCGAGGAGGAACUUAAUGAGCGAAUGAUCCGAACCAUUGACGGCAUCAACUCCCAAAAACAGUGGCUCAAGUCUGAGGGCAUUCAACGCAUCUCAUUGUUCUUUCACAAUAAAACGCUGGAGAAAGAGUACAGAUCCACGACGCUGCCGGCCUUCAAGUACUACGUGACCUGUGCCUGUCUCAUAUUCUGCUGUAUCUUCGUGGUGCAGGUCCUGGUCUUGCCCAGGACCGCUGUGCUGGGAAUCUCCUUUGGGCUGUCUUUUCUGCUCCUGGCUCUGAUCCUGCUCCUGUGCUUUGCCGGCCACAUUCUGCAGGGAGGAAAAGGCUCUUUCUGCACACUCUCCUGGAUUCCACUUUCCUCCCGCAUCAUUGUCACCAAUAACCCCUGGCUGAGACUGGUCCUCACCAUCAUGACCACUGCUCUUAUACUCAUUAUGUCAGUCUUCAACAUGUUCUUUGUAGAGGAUCCUGGGGGGGCAGCAGCUGUUUUGCAGAAUACUCCAUCUGAAGUGCUAAUCACUGUGGCACCUGUGAAUCUCACUAACGACAGCCUGAUUUUCUAUCAAGACCAAAGCGCAGGAGCAGCCAAGAUUUAUCUGCCAUACUUUAUCUACUGCUGCAUCCUGGGCUUGGUGUCAUGUUCUGUGUUCCUGCGAAUCAACUACGAGCUGAAGAUGCUGGUGAUGCUGGUGGCUCUUGUGAUCUACAACAUCAUCAUUCUGCAGACCCAUGCGUCGCUGCUGGACGGCUUCAGCAAGGCGCUGUACCCAACUGAAACCCUGGAUAGACCUGGGGUCCUCAAGGACCUGAAGACAAUGGGCUCUGUGUCGCUCUUCAUAUUUUUCAUCACACUGUUGGUAUUAGCAAGACAGAAUGAAUAUUACAGCCGACUGGAUUUCCUGUGGAGAGACAAGUUCAAGAGGGAAUGUGAGGAGAUUGAAACCAUGGAGAAUCUCAACAAAGUUCUGCUGGAAAACGUGUUACCUGCACAUGUCGCAGAGCACUUUCUGGGGCGCAACUGGAAAAACGAGGACCUGUACCAUCAGUCUUACGACUCGGUGUGUGUGAUGUUCGCCUCCAUUCCCGACUUCAAAGAAUUUUACACAGAGUCCGACGUCAAUAAAGAAGGACUGGAGUGUCUCCGUCUCCUCAACGAGAUCAUAGCUGACUUUGAUGAGCUGCUGUCCAAGCCAAAAUUCAGUGGAGUGGAGAAGAUUAAGACCAUCGGCAGCACUUACAUGGCCGCGACUGGACUCAACGUGACACUGGGACCUGAGUGCACACAGGAUGACAGACAAUACAUGCACAUAGGCACAAUGGUGGAGUUUGCCUUUGCUCUAAUUGGGAAGCUGGACUUCAUUAACAAACAUUCCUUUAACGACUUCAGACUUCGAAUAGGAAUAAACCAUGGUCCUGUGAUCGCUGGGGUCAUCGGUGCCCAGAAGCCUCAGUAUGAUAUAUGGGGAAACAGUGUAAAUGUGGCAAGCCGCAUGGAAACUACUGGAGUUUUGGGGAAAAUACAGGUGACGGAGGAGACCAGACGAAUCCUCUCAAAUCUAGGAUACAUCUGUUCAUGUCGGGGCGUCAUCAAUGUCAAAGGCAAGGGGGACCUGACGACCUAUUUUGUCCACACAGAGAUGACCCGAUCUCUGUCACAAGGGACUGUGAUGCCUUGA